CGCCAGGACUGAUCGCGACACAAGGGUCGAGCCAUCGGGUAGCAACGCAACAAGUGGAGGGGGCACAACAUGCAAGCCAUGAUAGGGGCGAGAGUUGUUGUACCCUCGCGAGACGCGAUUGACAUCUAUGAACAUCAUGAUGGAGAGGUUGCGUGACCGGAGGGUUGCACUUGAGACGAUGAUGUUGGAGGGCUAUUGGGCACGACUUCCAUGGGAGAGGAGGCUACUCGCGCAGGCUGGUUGGGUGCACACGCAGGUGCGAUGCGGGUUGUUUUGGGAGGAGAUGGAUGAUCUCAUCGACGUCUUCACCCCUGUCGUGCAGUUGUUGAGGAUGUUGGACCAGGGGGGUUUGAUGAUCGCGUGCAUCUUCCGGUGGGUGACCCAGUUGGCUGAGGAGAUUCAGAAGUUGGAGUUGGCGAGACCUCGCCUGGUUGGCAUGCUGCAGGAUUGUUACGCUCGGGCAUGCCAUCUGUUGGAGCCCGCCCAUGCUGCCGCCCAUCUUGUAAAUCCGAAGAGGCGGAACUUCGUUUCCUUCCAGUCUCCAAGGCGCAGCGAUCAGCAAAAGAAGGUGGCGGAGAUGACACCAGAGUACAUAUACACACAGACGGGCUUUGACCGACAGGGACAGAUGUACAGGAGCUGGGUGCUGCAUGAGCGUAUUCACAAGAAGCGCCGCAACGGGUUGGACUUCAAGAAGCUGACUGAGAUGGUGGAGAUGUGCGCCAACAAGAAGCUCCUGACGUGUAGAGCGAGGAGAAGGGGACUAGUCUUUCUGUGGGGUGAUCUCGAGGAGGGGUUGGACGACGUCCCGGAGCCGCGCAAAUCAGGCACUGUAUCGCCGGGAUCACUGACGGAUGACGAGAUCAGACGGCAGGCGCGCAAGAUGCAGCGUGCCUCGACAGUCCACCAACCCCUUUCGGUUCAGACUCUUUUCGGUCGUCGUGCGGCUCAUAUCGAGUUGUACGACGAGGAGAUUGAGUACGAGCCGCCAACCGAUCCGCAGACUGCGGAUGAGAUGGAGGCGGAGGCAUGGACGGACCCGGAGGACUUGGAGCAGGGAGGCAGUGACACACCUGACGACGGGAUGUUGGCAGAGGCUGGUAGAGCGAUAGGCGAGAGAGAGGAGAGCAGACAUGGUGACAACGACGACUACAUGCCUUUGUCGCCGAUUCGAGGUGUUGCCAGACGGCUAGACAUGGACCCUGUGGACGCACUUGAGGAGGAGCGGUUGAGACAGAUGGUAGCACGGUGUGCCACGACGGAGCGGGUGGCAAUGGAGCAGGACACGACCAGGGCGAGGGAGAUCGGGUGUACAGUGGAGGAGGUCACUGCUGCCAGAGUAGCAGGAGAGUGCAGACAUGGUGGUCCUGUGGGUGCUAGGGAUGGUGGAGGAGUCCGCGUAGAAGGACACGAGGUCGAUGUUGCGGACGGGGACGAAAAGGCCAGUAGGGAUGUGUUGGAUCAGACAGGUGGCGACGGCGUCACGCGACUCCCCGAUGAUGAUGAGGGGGGUGAGGGCGAUGGUGUGCCCACUGCGGACGGUGUGACGGGGGAGGACGUAGUGGCCACUGCAAAUGGUGUGGCCACUGCGGACGGUGUGAGGACGGUUGUGGCCACUGCGGACAGUGUGGCCAUUGCGGACGGUGUGGCCAUUGCGGACGGUGUGGCCACUACGGACGGUGUGGCCUUUGCGGACGCAGAAGGAUUGCUUGGUUGCAGUCGCACUGAGGUAGACGGGCAGGUGGAUACAGUACUUGUCGACGUUGCUGCAGUGGACGGAGGGGUAGGAGUUGGAGGGGUGGAUGUGGUUGCAGAUCACACUYAGGAUGGUCCUAUCGCGAUGGAUGAUGUGGGUAGAGAUUGUAUUCAGGUGGAGCGACAGGUGGAUGGGGUAGUUCUUGCUGCUGCCAUUGACGCACGCGCGUCCACCAUGUCCACACUCGAGCGCCACAAUGUCGGGAAUCGGGAUUGAUCCAGUGAUGGGCAGGAGCAGACAUAUAUGGGAGCGACUUUGGAAGGUUGUGCCUUAAUCGUCUUUCGUGCCUCUCAGUCCGGCAGUUCCCUCGGGGGUAUCGAGGGAUAGUGAUUGGUCUAUGGAGAUGGCCGACCUGUUCAAGCAAUUGACAGGUCAGAGGGUUAUCGAGCCGGGAGGGGUGUCAUGGGGAGCAGGGGCG